AUGUGUAUUGCACGUUGUGAUACCGAAUCUCGUGGCAGUAUACAUGUACAAUUUUUAGACGGCACUGUGACGGUGUAUUUUACGACCUUAUUUCCAAAUGAAUUUCACCGAACUACAACAAUUUUUAUAUGCCAACUAUUUUUAUACAAUGAAAAUUUAUAUUUAAUCGAAUUCUCCCAAACGUUUAUUGACCAUUGGAAUGUCAACUAA